CCGUCACAAACAUCUUUGAUCUCAUAAAAUCCUCCUUCUACCUUUGAGAUCCUCUAUCUCCGCAACUCCUCCGUUAAACCCAUAACCAAACCAACUAAACUCCAUAUUUUUCUCUGAUGCCGGAAUCCACCCUCUUGCGCCGUUUCCUCCUCUUUCAAUCGGCAAUGUUAUUCUGCAACCGCUGCUCUACAAGGACAUCUAUCUCAGCCGGCCACAUACUUCGGUCUCUCUACACCACCACCACCCACUCCUCACUCAAAGACCAAAACUAUAAAGACAACGUUAAAAAGAAAGGCAAAUGGUUCACUUUGCCUCCGUAUACUUCUACAAUCAGUGGCUCCGUCUUGGGAAAAGCGCUAUCGGCAACCACUGCAGCGAAAGUGGCCACUGAAACGACGGCGCUUAAGUGGGUCCUUCAUUGCUGCCCGGAACUCCCCAGAAGCCUUGUACAGAAACUAUUUCGCUUAAGACAGGUUAGAAGAGAGUCCUCUAAUCCAGGAGAUCAAGCAGAGGAACAAAGACUUAAAAGGGUGGCAGCUAAGGACUUGCUGGAUGUAGGAGAUAGAAUCGUUCUUCCUAUUACGGUUCAAGCAUUGCCCUUUGAGUCUGAGAAACAACAGUAUUCUUACAAUGAAGAAGAAAUAAACUUUAUUCGUAGCCUCGAGUUGUACAAGGAUGACGCCAUUAUUGUUGUCAAUAAACCUCCUGGAAUGCCUGUUCAGGGUGGCAUUGGCAUCAAAAGAAGUUUAGAUGAGCUGGCUGCAAGUUGUUUAUGUUAUGACUAUCCUGAAUCCCCUAGGCUGGUUCAUAGACUUGACAGAGAUAGUAGUGGCAUCUUGGUGAUGGGAAGAACACCAACAAGCACAACAGUUCUGCAUUCUAUCUUCAGGGAGAAAACUUUUGCAGCAUCAAAUGAUGCGAGUAAUUGGGAUACUGGUGACAGAAGAAGAAUCCUGCAAAGAAAGUAUUGGGCACUUGUCAUUGGUUCUCCAAGACAUCAAAAGGGGUUAAUUUCGGCAUCACUGGGAAGGGUGGUGGUCGACAAUGGAAAAUCCGAUCGAAUAACAGUGGUUGAGAAUGCACAGAACACAUCUUCUCAGCAUGCAGUGACACAGUACAGAGUAAUUGAAUCAGCUCAUGGCUACACAUGGUUAGAGCUGUCACCUCUCACUGGUAGAAAGCAUCAGCUGCGUGUGCAUUGUGCUGAAGUAUUGGGGACACCAAUAAUUGGAGACUACAAAUAUGGGUGGCAAGCUCACAGGAAGUGGAAACAUUUGCCUUGGUCUGAUCUUGAAAAGAGCUCAGAUGAGAAAGUGGCCUGCACUAAAAUCUUUCCUUUUGGCAUUGAUUUGGAAAGUGGAAGCAUCUUUGAAAAGCAACCUCGUCUACAUCUUCACUGCAAGCAAAUGGUUUUACCCAAUGUUUCCCAGGCUUUGCAAGGUGUAAAAAUGUCAUCUGAGUAUGAUUUUUCAGAUCUGGAAAGCAUUGAAUUGGAUGCUGCCUUGCCUUCCUACAUGCAAAGAAGUUGGGAUGUUUUGAGCUCCUGCUCAAAAAACUAGUGUCUUUGAAGCUUUGAGAUUCAUAUCUUUCUCCGGUAAUAGAUUUUACAUGAAGAGAAGGCAACGUAAUGGGAUGUAUCCAGGCUCGUAAAUAAUUGUUCAACCACGCAUAUCAUUUAAAGGGUUUCCUAAUAUCCACAAGCAUUUUAAGGUCAGAUGCAAUAGUUGAAAGGAUAGUUACUGUUCAGACUCAUCUUCCAUGUUGCUGCUGAAAGAAAAUUUUGAUGGGGCACAUGGAACAAGCAGGUUAGCAAGUACUGACAUGUGAUGCUUAGAGAACUCACUGGUUUCUUGAAAAAAAGUGUAGACCUAAUGAAUUUACUGCUACAUCCAGGAAGUUCAUUCAUUUUUCAGAAAGAGACACAUCAUACAAUUUAACGCAUGGGAAGAUUUAAGCUAGCCCUGGAGAUCCCUUGGAGGGUUCUUUGAUAGAUGCAAUAGAGGCAUAUGAUGAGAUGCAAAAGAUUAACAGAGCAGCUACUGUGGUGGUUGUGUUUUAGUGGGCAUUCAAUCUUUAAUCAUCCUAUGCUGUGGAGUGUUGAGCUAGCAUUCCCAUUACUAAAAUGAAGGUUAGCUACUAACAGAACUGAAUUUCUGGGUCAGACCCUCAUUGAUGUACAGUACUUUUCUCCCCACGUUUAUUUGCUAUUGCCAAACUUCAGCAUAAAAUUAGUAGGUGUGUGUAUUCAAGCACGCUGCUUUUAUAUGAUUAAUUAGUUUUCAUGGUA